AUGGCCGAUGCCGAGCCGAGCAGCCCCAGGGCUGCCAACUUUGCGGAAACACUGCAGUACCGCGCGACACAGUCCCGCAGAGCACGACCACCCAAUGUGCAAACCGCCGCCGGAGAGUCGACCCGCGUGCCUUUGCGCUCCGACAAGAGGCUCAGCAGGCGAGACUCGCGACUCGGACUGAAGGGCAUCUUUGGCAGAGCAAAGGCCGCUCGUGAAGUCGACCCAACUUCGUCCUACUUCGACACCGGGCGACCCAACAGCAUUCGCGCCUCGCUGGCCGAGAUUAGCAACUGGCCUCAGAUGCGAUCCGAACUCGCCUUACCCGGCAGCCAAUCGCGACCAACGUCCGUCGCAACCAACCCGCCCUUUAACGACUUUUCCCUUCAGAGAAGACCAACUACCUCGGAAAAGUCCAGACCACAAAUCGCACCUGCGGCGAGGCCAUCUCGGGGCAACCUCGCGACCUGGGAUCCCCCGCCAUUAUUUCAAGCAUAUCCUCAAGCGAUCAAGCAUGCACAGCUCCCAGCGGCCACGACGUCCGCCGACGUUAUCCUUCGCCUGACCGACCGAAAAGGCAGCGUCAGCCUUCGUGACGACCUGACGCAGCUCGCACUCACCCCGGAGCUGGCUGAGGAGCACCGGACAGCCGAGAGGGCGCGCAAGAAACAUCUGCGAACGCUGUCGACCGUGAGGCUUGAGUGGACAACCAAGAUUUAUGUCCUCUGCACGUCGGGCUACCUGCUGCAAUAUGCUGGGGAUGGCAACUUCGAUCGUCUACCAGAAAAGGUGCUCCACCUAAGCAAGGACUCCGCUGCGUUUGUCAGUGACGCGAUUCCCGGGAAGCAUUGGGUUCUCCAGGUGUCUUCGGUGACGGAGUCUAACGGCCUCUCUACCACCGAUUCCCGUUCGCUGCUGGCACGCCUGCCCUUCCGCGCAUCCGACAAGAGGCAUGCCGACAACUUCCUCAUGGUCUUUGACAGCGCCGAUGAGAUGGAGUCAUGGAUCAGUAUCCUACGCCGGGAAAUCGAAGCUCUUGGGGGGAAGAAAAACCUCUCGGAGACCGGCAGGCCAAGAGCAGAUGACAAAGUCGCCGAGCUUCGGAUUCAGCCGAGCCAGCGCACUCUGGUCGUCCGUGACCCUGACAGGUUUUCGCGAUUACUCGCGCCGGACUUCUCCCUACAACUGGAGCAAGCGAGGCUGCAUGAGGACGAGCGUCGUUCCGUCACGGAUGCCGACAUGACCCGUGACCCCUCGAUCGACGACAUCUCCACCACCAACAGUAUCAUCUCGCACGACGGCCGCCAACUCGACAGCUUGCGCGACAGCACCAAUCGACUCUCGUAUAUCUCGUCUGGUCAACGUACUUUUCUCACGUCUGCCGGCUCCUCUCCCGCGUGCUCUCCAGUCCGCGACAGCUUCGUCAGCAGCCAUCUUGACGACCUGCCCCCUCCGGUCCAAGAGAACCAGAACCUCACGGCCAGACCGAGACCGAACGCCGCAGCGAUUCUUGACCGUAGGCAGUCUUUGCAAAACUCGGGCUACCUAGAGCUCCGGGGCUCGCCCAUGUCGCGGUCUCAGUCCACGUACACCGAGGCCGAUUUUGCGCACGUUGCCGCAAACUUCAGCGUUCCCAUCAGCAGGCGUUACAGUGCCGUCAAGAGCCCUUGUUCUAGCCCUGAGCAGGUGAGAGGCCGGGAUUCCAUCCCCCGGGUUGCCCGCAAAACUCCCCCAACCGCGCUCGGCAUGGCGCGGCCCCUGUCGAUUGUGGCAGACCAGCCAUCCCCGGUGCAGGGCCUCGAGGCUGUGGAGGGCCAGGCAGCUGUGCUUACACGUGUCCCGGAAACACAAGAGCGACCGACUUCGGCCAGCGAUGUGUUGGGUGCGUUCCCUCCCAGACAAGCCAGCCUUGGUCCCAAGGAGCAGGCUGUCACGGUGACCCUUCGGACGAACCCGCGAAAGUACGCUAGCUCGCCAUCCCUCAACAAGCUGGAAGAGGCGCCUCUCUCGCCAGAGCUUCGGACCUUCAUCCUCCCGUCCAAGACUCCAAGCCCUGCAUCGUCUUGCGAGGCUGCCCGCGACUCUCCUCUCCCACUGUCAUCGACCGGGCCUCGCCCUCCCGCCCAAAUGGCCACCAAAAGGUACAGCAUGCAUUCUACCUUGAGUCUGUCCCCCCGGAGCGACGAUAUGAUCACCCCUCUCCCGACGUCUCCCAUGGUAGCAACGACAUCUCCCAGGGCUCCGCCUCGGGCAGCGCCGACAACCCCUCCAGCCCCAUCAAGCAAGCAAAUGCUCCGCGUUGACCAUUCGAGAGCUAGCUUAAACAGACGCAGCAUGCCUCAACUCGCCGAGGGACCCCCACCAGCACCGCCACCAAACUGCGCGCUGCCUCCCAUCCCUCAGAAACUACGCCCCAGAGCGUAG